AUGGCUGGGUUAACCAACUCAACAAAACCCGUCGGCUGGGACCACGACCGGGAUAUCGAUACAUCGCCAGAUCCAUCAGACAAGUCCGACCAAGAUCCAAAGCUGAAGGACUUUGAUGUCGAGGGUCAAGGCCGCCGUGGCUCUCAACAUCAUGUCACCGCCAUUGAUGGCUCUUCAAUGACCGAGAGCGUUGGGCGCCAGAUCGAUAUGGAGUCGGAAAACACGAUCAAGUAUCGGACUUGCAGUUGGCAAAAGACCGCUGCAUUGCUCUUCUCCGAGUACAUUUGCCUGGCCAUCAUGUCGUUCCCCUGGUCCUAUUCAAUUCUGGGCCUGGUUCCCGGUUUGAUUCUGACUGUUGUCAUCGCCGGUAUCGUCCUAUACACUUCGCUGAUCACCUGGAGAUUCUGUCUACGACACCCAGAAGUCCGUGAUGUUUGCGACAUCGGCCAAUACCUGUUCUGGGAUUCCAAGAUUGCCUGGUGGGCUACCGCAGUUAUGUUUCUGUUGAACAACACAUUCAUUCAGGGCCUGCACUGCGUGGUCGGUGCCGAGUAUCUGAACACGAUGUCUAACGGAGCAGUAUGUACAGUCGCAUUUGCCGCCAUUGUCGCAAUCAUCUCGUUCUUCUUUUCGCUGCCGCGUACAUUCAGCACCUUGUCCAAGGUUGCCACCCUAUCGGCGUUUUUCACCUUCGUUUCCGUCAUUUUAGCAUGUGUCUUCGCUGGAAUCGAAGACCACCCCAAGGGUUACACCCCCGCCAUGGGAAAUCCCAUUGUACUGGCUAUUCCGGCCAAGGGCACAACCUUUGUACAGGGCAUGAACGCGUUCUUGAACAUCAGUUACACCUUCAUCGGCCAGAUCACACUUCCCAGCUUCAUCGCCGAGAUGAAGGAGCCCCGGGACUUUUGGAAGUCCGUGACCGCUGUCACAGUUGCCGAGAUCAUCGUCUUCAGCUUGGUCGGUGCGGUCACUUACGUCUAUGUCGGCAACCAGUACAUGGUUGCUCCGGCAUUUGGCUCUAUUGGAGACGACCUGUAUAAGAAGGUUUCAUUCUCGUUUAUGAUCCCGACGAUCAUCUUCCUAGGCGUGCUGUAUGCCUCGGUUUCGGCCCGCUUCAUCUUUUUCCGCCUGUUCGAAGGUACCCGCCACAAGGGUAACAACACUGUGGUCGGCUGGGCCUCUUGGGCUGCAAUCCUUGCAGCUCUUUGGGUCGUCGCUUGGAUCAUUGCCGAGGUCAUCCCCUUCUUUUCUGAUCUGCUGUCCAUCAUGAGCUCUCUGUUCGAUUCCUUCUUCGGAUUCAUCUUCUGGGGCACUGCUUAUCUUCGUAUGCGGGCUGAUGAUCACGGGCCCCAAUUUUACAAGAUCCGUGGUAUUCGUGGAUGGCUUGGUUUCAUCUUCAACGUCUUUUUGAUUCUCGUUGGUUUCUUUUUCUUGGGACCCGGCACCUACGCUUCCGUCAUGUCCGUGGUUACCAGCUACCGCGAUGGUACCGUCGGUGGCGUGUUCACCUGUGCCAGCAAUGGCCUGUAA